GCUGCAAAACACAUUUACUCCGAGUGCUGAGAAGUAGCAGCUGACUUUCGACAGAUUCAAAAAAAUAAACAAAAGUUAGGCCGGUUGUGGUGUCUUUUCUAUAAUGCUCCUGCAACGCCUUUGGCUACCGCAUCUUAGCAACCACCUGCGGCAAUACGCCAAAAAGUCCCCGGUUUACCUGAAGCCCAAAAUGACCUCAAACAAGCGAAUGGUCCACCAGGAAAUCCUGCGUUAUGUAAACCCAUAUGCCAGGAUUAAAGUUGCAUCGGAUAUAUUCGUGCGCAUCCAGCCGGCCGAUGUGCAUCAGUAUACCAGCGGGGAUGUGUUCAUAGCCCAACUCCAAGGUGGUCAAGUCAAAAACUCAAAUGUUUCCCUCGAUGUUAAGGUAGAAAACGAAGACAAGGAGGUCAACGUUAAAAUCAAGAAACUUACGGAAGAGCCAACGCAGUUUGAGUGCCACCUGCAGAUCCCCGUCCGAUCGGAUGUUUGUGUAGAGGGCCAAGCCGGUGUACGGGUGGAAAACACGCAAAGCGAGCUUCUGAAGGUGAAUGCUAAGGGCGGCAUUAUUACAAAGAACGUUAAGGCCACCAAAAUUUCCCUAUACAGCGAAAACGGUAACAUCAACUGCCAGGGUACGCUCUUGGGCAAGAUAACCGAGAUAGAGACUCACAAUGGUAACAUUUCAAUGGACAAAUUGCAGGGAGACAAUCUGAAUUGCUCUACCAAGGCUGGAAGUAUUAUAACAGACUGUUGCUACGUUGAAAAGUCAAAAUUUCAAACUGAAACUGGACGCCUUGAGCUGAAGAACGUUCAUAAGACAAGUGAGGUGCAUGUUCACAAAUCAGCAGAGCUUAACAUGACUGGUGUGCAUGGCAAUCUACAGGUGGUAUCCAAGGGCGGCAGCUUGAAUCUGCAGCUAUCCGAGCUGGAGGGUCACAGCAAAAUAGAGGCUAAUAACUUAAAGGACGACGCAGUCAUAAACAUAUCCCAGACUAUUGAGCAGGAUCUCAACAUUGAAAUCAGCGCCUCCAAAGUGAGCUUAGAAAAGGAAUUGGAGCAUGUGAUGCAUGCCUUGAGCGAGGACAAAAACAAAUUCCUGCUGAGCAACGUAAACAAACAUCGCCUGUUGAUCAACAGCACGGGAGAGAAAGGUGUGCGCCUGGGAAAACAAUCCUGGAGCGAUAUGAUGCGUCAAAAGCUUCAAGCCAUCGGGUCCGAAAUACCAUAGUUUCACAAAUACAAACACCUUACUAAGUUA